GUUGUUCACGGCGAGCGCCGAGAGCCGCGGGAGCGCAGCUGGUGCACAACGCCGCCCAGGGAGCUCGCAACUCGCGCCCCGAUAACCCUAAGCUACCGCUGGACGGGAGCGCGAGGUGCGUGUUAAUGUUGCUCGCCCGCGAGGAGCCAUACCCACGUCAUCGUCACGAAUGAGCCGCGCGACCAGGAAGGGGCAGUCGAGCUCGUGCGCCAAGUGCGAAAGAGACAAGGAGGCCAGCUAAAUGAGGCUAAUGGAACCGCUGGGCGUUGAUCUGGAAGUCGUGAAGCUUUCAACGCUGAAACGAUGGUCCGAUUUCCCGACGCAGCAUCGAUUCACCGAUUAUUCAAACACGCUCGGCGACUCCGCGCAUUAUACCGUCAGCCCAUUUCCUUGUCAGCCGUCGGUAAACAAUAAAAUUGCAAUAUGGACGGGAGACAUAACAGUUUUACAGGUGGAUGCGAUUGUAAAUUCCACCAACGAGACUAUGGACGACAAUAGUCCAAUGUGCCAAAGAAUUUUCACUCGUGCCGGUCCUGGCCUUAAAAAAGAAAUUUACAACGAAGUAAAAGAAUGCAGAACUGGAGAUGUAAAGACGACUCAGGGUCACGGUUUAUCCGCUCGCUUUAUUAUUCAUACCGUAGGGCCUGUUUACAACACGAAAUAUCAAAAUGCGGCAGAAAACACACUUCACUACUGCUACAGAAAUGUUUUGCAAAAAUCAUAUGAGUUAGGAUUGCGUAACAUUGCCUUACCAGUCAUCAACUCCAUUCGUCGCAAUUAUCCACCUGAUGCAGGAGCACACAUAGCCCUUAGAACUGUGCGACGAUUCUUGGAACAAUAUAGCGAAUCAAUUAAUUGUGUGAUAUUCGUUCUUGAGCCGUGUGAUCUUGGCAUUUACGAGGUUCUACUAUCGCUGUACUUUCCAAGAACAUUGGCCGAAGAAGAAAACGCUUGUUGGCAAUUGCCAAGCGACGUUGGCGGUAUGGAUGGUGAACCGCAACUUCCCGAUAGGCAAAUUCGAAUAAUCGACAAUCCUCAACAUGCCUUGCAUGGGGAUGAAACCGUUGAUCUCACCACUCACCUGGAGACGUCGAUUAGCCUUGGCGAGCAUGCCUUUACUCAAAUGCAAGGUGAUCUCGAUCGCCAACGGCUGCUAGGUGAACGACCUACCGCCGACCCUCUAGCCGAUAUUAUGCUGAAGCAGAUGCAGCAUAAAGAACGGUAUGAGCGGUUACUCAGACGUGCCAAAAUGGAAGAUCUUACCGAGGUCUCCGGAAUUGGUUGUCUUUAUCAAAGUGGAGUCGAUCGGCAUGGACGACCAGUGGUUGUCUUUUUGGGCAAAUGGUUCCCAGUUAAUAACCUGAAUCUUGAUAAGGCCUUAUUGUACCUGAUACAGUUACUAGAUCCAAUUGUUAAAGGAGACUAUGUGAUCGCCUACUUUCAUACCUUGACGGUUAGCAGUAAUUAUCCAAGUUUACACUGGUUAAAAGAAGUUUACAACGUACUUCCUUAUAAAUACAAGAAGAACUUGAAACAAUUUUAUAUCAUUCAUCCAACAUUUUGGACCAAGAUGAUGACCUGGUGGUUUACGACUUUCAUGGCUCCGGCAAUCAAACAAAAAGUUCACAAUCUACCAGGAGUUGAAUACCUUUAUGAAGUUAUGUCACCCGAUCAACUUGAAAUACCUGCUUAUAUUACGGAAUAUGAUAUGACGAUAAACGGGUUGAGGUACUACCAACCAAAUCAAUACUCGCAAGCUUCCACGUAACUGCCGGCCGCAAUCCUCGUCUAAGACGAAACUAAAACUCCUCAACGUGGGACAAUAUCCCUUGGCCGUCACGCAUCUCGCCUACGUUAUCCUUCGUCAUUGGCGUUACCGAGCUAUAAGAGCUAUUACUGUCAUCGCUAAAAGAAGAACAAUAAUAUCGAUUGAGUAAUUGUGAUAUAGAUAUGCUCGGGUACCAUAAAGUCUGGCUUGUCGAGUUAACUAAGCGAAUUUAAGGGCGAAAAUAAAAAUGCACACAGGUAUAUAUGCAUAGACGAGGAUGUGGCUGUAGAUGAAAUAUUUAUCGAUUGUCCCAUAAAUAAGUACACGAGUAAAUAAAAGGGAAUUAAAAUUAAUAGCCGAAAAUAAUGAAGGGCUAAGUGUCAAAGACAAAUUUCUUACAUUAAAAUCCGUGAAUGCAACACAUUAGAUCAUGUUACAGAAUCCAAUUUAUAAUACUGAUUUUCUUUAAUUUGCAGUGCUGUACAUGACUACAAUCAUAAACAUUAUUAAAUAUUGAUUUUCUAUAAGCAUUGACAUACACAUUUCCAAAUCUAUUAGAUUGGAGAUACCGUGAAUAUAGAAGUAUGAAAAUAGAAUAACAGAACUUUCCUUCAAAUAAAUUUACUUAC